CGCUUCUGAGUAUCCAGCGCCUUCGCUUCCAUUCUCAUCUAAAUCUCCAGCAUUGUUCAGCUCUACUCCUGCGUACGAUCCGAAACCGAUAUUCCAGGAUCCUCCGUCCGGCUUUCACGGGUCGUCAUUCGAAAUUAGCAAUUCAUUAUGCAUGAAAAAGAUUGAUCUCUCUGGUGAUCUUCUUAACGAUGACUUGUCAUUUCUGGCGCGUCUUAAAGAAGAUUCGUUUGCGGACACCGUCCAUGACUGUGGCCCAGGGAAGACGGUGCGAUCUUCCUCGCAGUCAACUCAGAUGGACUACAAUGACGGAAAGGUGUCCUCUAAAAAACCUGACUUGCAUGUUGAUGGGUUAAGCUCGGAGACGAGCAACUUCGCAGCAAAAACACCGUUGCGGAAGCAUUCCGCCGUCUUCCGUCGGUCUAUAUCGACCUCCGGCUUGGUAUUCAGCGGCGAGAGCGACGGCAUCGCCGCGAGUCUCGCCUCUCCCAUAGAUUUACAGCCACGUACUCCUUUAUCUUCACCCUUCUCCAGGGCAAAUGACCGCGAGCAGGCACUCGCACCGAAGAAGACCCAAGCGGUGCUUCGGAAGAGCAAGACGCUGUCACGUAGCUGUGGUUCCGGAAUUUCAGAGAAAAUUAAGGAAGAGGACGGUGUUGAAUCGGAUAUGCCGCAAAACACGAAGAAGGGUCCUGGACGCGCGCGGCCGUCGUCCGCGGAGAUCAAGCCACUAGCGCGUUCUCAGUCGUUCAUCGUCAAGCAGGCAGAUGUGGCUCUUGCUGCUCCUGCGCCCGUUCGUCGUAGCUCGAUCUCUCGCCCCUCAAUUGAGAGACGUGGUAACGUCGGACGUAGUUUAUCACCUGUGAAACCGAUGGCGCCAGAGUCCCAAUCUGGUCAAGAGCAGGGCCAGAAUCAAAAGCAGGAUUCACUCACUCAGAGUUUCAGACGGCUGUCAGUGUCUGCUUCUGCGAAACCUACUCCCGUCAAGUCAAGCAACUUCGCGACCACAGGACGCAUGGGAGGUGCACGUCGCGUCCCACUCACAGCGAACGCACCUCUCUUCAAACCAAUUGAGUCGCCAAUCAUUGAAGUACAGUCCUCAAGGCCAGUCUCGCGAGUUACGACCACUAGGACUGGUCCACAACGCCCUCCCGCAGGGUUCGGCGCAUCAGCCACUCUUGGAAGAAGCGUAUCUGGUCCAAGCUUAGUUGCAGGAGUUGACCGCACCUCAUCAGUGCCUUCGACUAGAACGUUUAGUCGGUCAACUUCUGCGAACUCCGUGGCGUUUUCUCGUUCGUCCUUCAUGACGUCAAGUGGUUCUACGACUUCGUCCUCACGGUUGCCCGUUCCGCCGACGAAGGGACUGAGUAAGAUCCCAGGGCCUGGGGCAAGGAAGGCUUUCUGAGCAAGUACGAUCACGAUUUUCAUGACUUCGAUUUCAAAUACAAACGCUGCCGACCAGAUGAAUCAGUAAUCCAACAUUUAUGCAAAUAAGCAUUAAAUUACUUCGGUUUUAACGGUUUGCUUCAACUGCACUUUGCUAUGUACUUAUCGCACGCGGAUCACUAGCCUUUGCUUUGCACAAAUGGAUUGUUCCUUUUUCAUUGCAUC